AUCAACAAUAAUAAAUAAACAGUAAAAAAAAAAUUUCAACCAAUGUUUUUAUAUGAAAACAGCCUUUAUUAUUAUUUUAAAUGCAUCUUUAGUUUAAUCUGAUUCGUCAAAAAACCCCGGGAGUUUUGAAUAAUUUUAUUUAAAUUAGAAAAAAAUGGACGUAGCUGAUUCAUGGUAUUUAAAAGAAAAACAAAGAACAUGGAAAACAAAGUUAGAUACUAUAAAUGCGCGUUUAUUAACAAGCACGAAAGAAUCUAUAUCUGAUGGAAUUGUAGAAGCCAAAAUUCAACAUGGAUUGCAAAUUAUUACUUCAACAAAACUAUUUGAGGAAUAUUUGGAUAUUUGUUACUGUGAUGAUGUUCAAGAAUAUAUGAUUUUAGACAGUACCCUCAAAAUUUACAAAUACUCAAUUCAAGGAAGAUUUAUUCAACCUUCAUAUAACCUGACCUCAAGUAUGGUAUUUACUAAAAUACUUUGGUGUUCAGGAAUUAAGCUUUUGAUUGGCUAUAUUCCCAAUGAUGAUUUAAUAUGGAUUCUAACACCAGAAUGUAAAUUACUCCAAACAAUAAGAAAUGAUUUCAAGAUAAACAAUGUAUUUUAUUCUUCUGCGUCCAAAGAAUUAAUUGUCAUGUGUUUCACCAGUUUGAUGAAAUACUCUUUGAGCUCUUUGGAUAAAUCUCUCAUGCCUCACGAUGCUAUUAAUUUUAUGGAUCAAACGUAUGGGUCAUUAUGGGGAAUUCAAUAUUCAUCUUUCAUCUCUAUGGAUACUUCAUUUAGAGUUGUUGGAUCAUAUUUAACUACAAUCUACAUUAUUUCUGGAGAUCAUAGAGAGGAUGAAGAUGUUGGUGCUCCAGUAGAAUUUCUCGCUAGAAAAUCAAAAGCUUCUGUUUCUGUCAUCACUGCAUUGCAUUUUGAUUUGAUGAGUCAGUGGAUUAUAGUUGGAGACCAGCAAGGCAAUGUUUUAGGAUGGACUUUAACAUUAGAAAAUGUAUUUAAAUACUCGCAAGGGCUCAAAGGUGCUGUAAGAACUAUUGUUUCUCAUCCUUCACUGUGUGGGUUUAUUACUUCAUCAGAAGAUAAUAUCUUGCAAGUUUGGAGCUGUAACCUUCGAGAAAAAAUGGAAUCAUUCUCAGAACUUGGUGUCAUUUCUUCUAUUGCAGUCAGCAAAAUGACUUCUUCGAUUGCAGCUAUUGGAGAUAAAUUGAGUUUUUUUCGUAUACAUCAGCUUUACGUAUUUUUUACUCCACUAACAGCAUCAGCUGAGAUUUUAUUUUCAACAAAAAAUUACGCCCAUCCAACGCGUAUAAUUGUAUGUAGUUCUGAUGGUGUUAUCAGUAUGUUGUCUCCAGCCGGCAAGCAGCUAUCAAUGAUGUUAUUUCCAUUAGAAUUCAAUUCAUCAUCAAUAGCAUAUAGCGCUAUCACUGGCAAUGUAUAUCUUAUUUCUGCUGAAUCUACACAAAUUUUUGUAAACAAUACGGCUACGACUCCGAUGGAAUUACGAUACGCUUGGUCUAGUGAGAAAAAAAUAACUUACAUCACCGUUUAUGAUUACUUUGAGGAAAUAAAUAACUCAGAUCGGAAGUGUGCAGAUAAUAAAGUAGUUCAUCCCCAUUGUGCUCGAAUAAUUAUCGGAACAAAUACAGGAGAGCUUAUAUCUCUAGAAGAAACAACUGGCAAAUACGAACAUACGAUUAAAGCUCAUGAGGCAUCAAUAAUAAAAAUACACUCUUCCACCGUAUCUAAACGAAUUUUUUCCAUGGGAAUGGAUAGAUGUUUAAAAAUUUGGAAAAUAUUGCCUUUCAUAAAAACAUUCCUAGUAUUAAUUGAUUAUGUUUACUACACAAUUCCAAUUGCUGAUUUAGAUUCUAUGGGAUUCACUGUUUGUUUAGUAAGUAUUGCAGAACAUGUUGCAAUGCAUCAACUAAUAAUGUAUGAUACCAAUGAAAAAAUCAAUCUUUAUCAUCCUGAAUCGCACAAUCACAAUAAAAAAAUAAUAGGAAUCGCGACUUCCGAAACUCUUUUAAUAUGCGCAACAUCCUCUGCAGACUACACGAUAAGAAUAUGGGAUACACAAAACUCGCUGCUAAAAAUUUUAGAAGUGAAUGUGUGUGUGCAAAAAAUUACCUUCUCUUCCUUAAGAGGAGACAUUGUUUUUAGUGUUGGAAAACAUUUAUAUCGUUUGCCUUUUAAUAAUUACUUAUCUCCUAAAUACAGAAAUAUUAUUAAAAUUAAUAAUAUUCCUGAAGACAUAGAGGAAGAUGCAAUGCCUAGACAUGAUGAUUAUCAUGUCUACGAAAAAGAUGAAUUUAAAAAACAAGCUCUUUAUCCUGUCAGCAGUGUCCCCCUUGGCUCUUUAGACCCUUCCUCAGAUGUUCCACGUCUUGACUUAGUAAUCCAACAACAGAUGUGUAUGCAAUUAAAAUUUCGUGAUGAAGAUAUCCUUAAAAUUGAGGAGUCAAAUACAAAUAGAGAAAAAAAAUUAUCUAAAAGAAGAGCUUCAAUGAGUUCAGACGAAUGGGAAAAAUAUAUGAAUAAUUUAUUAGGAUUAUCGUCUAAAAAUAUCGAAGUUAUUCCUCCUCACAAUAUUUGGGCAAUUAAAGAAGAAUAUUCAAAUAUAAAAAAAGUUCCAAAUAAAACUAAAAUUAUUCCAAAUUACUUUGAUGAUUAUUUGGAGUAUUAUAACACUGAGAGUUUUAUUGGAUUUAUUCCAAAUUCUUUAAUUGUUAAGAUACCAGAUGAAAAAAAUUCUAAAGAAUUUUUCAUUGAAUGGGUAUUGGAAGGAUUUAAUGAAUUACUUGAGUUAAGAAAUUCUUCAGAAUAUUUAUGAGGUAAAAGACUUUAUUAUUGACAUGAUUAAAUAAUUCGAUGAAUAUAAUUAUU